AGGAAGAGGCAGAGCCCGUAGGGUUUGAGGCCACGGUUGGCUGCCGGCAGAGCCUGGGCCUACCCCGCCUUGUCCUACAUCUGGUUAGGGGAGAAAGGAGAGGAAGGCCUGGGGAAGAAAGAUCUGAAUGAAAAACACAUAAGCUGGGAGAAGUGAGGCUUCGAACCUGGAGCUACCAGAUGAGGAGGCCCAGGGGGCUGAAGAGUGACAGGAAAUUAUCUACAGUACCCAGGGAACCUGGAGCCCGUCCUACCCCACUCCAGGCCAUGAUGAUGCUAAGAUUCAUCGCACUUGCUCUGGUGACAGGGCAUGUGGGAGGAGAGACAAGGAUCAUCAAGGGUUACGAGUGCUCCCCUCACUCCCAGCCAUGGCAGGUGGCCCUCUUUCAGAAGACACGGCUGCUCUGUGGGGCAACCCUCAUCGCUCCCAAAUGGCUCCUAACAGCAGCCCACUGCCGCAAGCCCCACUACGUGGUCCUCCUUGGGGAGCACAAUCUGGAGAAGACAGAUGGCUGGGAGCAGAGGCGGACGGCCACUGAGUCCUUCCCCCACCCUGACUUCAACAACAGCCUCCCCAACAAAGACCACCGGAACGACAUAAUGCUCGUGAAGCUGUCCUCUCCGGCCCUCAUUACCCGAGCCGUGCGGCCGCUCACCCUGUCUCCACACUGUGUCAACGCGGGCACCAGCUGCCUCAUUUCCGGAUGGGGCACCACGUCCAGCCCCCAAUUGCGCCUGCCUCACGCCUUACGAUGCGCCAACGUCUCCAUCAUUGAACACAAGGAGUGCGAGAGGGCCUACCCGGGCAACAUCACGGACACCAUGCUGUGCGCCAGUGUCCGGAAAGAGGGCAAGGACUCCUGCCAGGGUGACUCUGGAGGCCCUCUGGUCUGUAACGGAUCUCUUCAAGGCAUCAUCUCGUGGGGUCAGGACCCAUGCGCGGUUACCAGAAAGCCCGGUGUCUAUACAAAAGUGUGCAAAUUCAUAGAAUGGGUCUACCACACUAUGAGGAACAACUAGAGGGGACCUGCUCGCCACCACCAGAUCUCUCCACUCCUUAAUGCUUUGACUUCUGUCCAUUCUGCCCUAAGAAGCCCCCAGCGGGGACCUUUGCAUGCACUGUCUUUUGACCCAUCGUGGGUAUAAUUUAGGGGAUGCUCUAGCCUGAUGAUUGACUUAGGGCUUGAACUAAGUUGUGACUCUGGACUUGAUCAUCACUGGUUUUGUUUAUUUGGUUGGUUUUUGUUGUUUUAUCCCUAUCCCUGAAGAUAGUCCCUGGCAUAUUCCAGGGUUUCAAUAAACAUUUGUUAGAUGAUAA